GAAAAGCUCUCAAACUCAUUCUUUGAAAGCCUUUCUUUAUAUAUUUCUUUUUCUACCAGCUCAUUCAACUAAACACUCAGCUUUAUAGAUUAGUUAGUUCUACUAAUUAAUUUCAUUUGUUUAAAAUGGCCUUAGCUAAUGAGUUAAUGGGUUCUCGUCUCAUUUUCGAGAGAUCGUCACUUCCGUUUCAACCGCGUUUCUCCACCAAGAAGAGGACACAGAGGACGCACUUCUCCAUCAACCCUUUUGAUCCGAGACCGAUGAGAGCUGCUAACUCAGGUAGCAUCGUGGCCGCCAUCAGCGAGGAUUUGGUUAAAACGCUGCGUAUUAACACCGUCGGUAGGAAACAGGAGAAGGAUGAAAAUAAGGAGGAGGAGAAGACGGUCAAGUUUAAGGUGAGAGCUGUUGCGACGGUGAGGAACAAGAACAAAGAGGACUUUAAAGAAACUUUGGUUAAGCAUUUGGAUGCUUUUACUGAUAAAAUCGGUAGAAACGUCGUCUUGGAGCUUAUUAGCACCCAAGUUGACCCAAAAACGAAUGAGCCAAAGAAGAGUAAAGCCGCGGUAUUGAAAGACUGGUCAAAGAAAUCGAAUUCAAAGGCGGAGAAAGUCCAUUACACAGCGGAGUUCACGGUUGACUCCGCCUUUGGUUGUCCGGGAGCCAUCACGGUGAGCAACAAACACCAAAAAGAGUUCUUCCUUGAGAGCAUCACCAUCGAAGGUUUCGCAUGUGGCCCUGUUCACUUCCCCUGCAACUCUUGGGUCCAAUCCCUAAAAGACCAUCCAUCCAAACGAAUUUUCUUCACUAAUCAGCCGUACUUGCCGAACGAGACACCUUCGGGUCUACAAAAAUUAAGGGAGAAGGAGUUGGAGAGUCUAAGAGGAAAUGGGAAAGGAGAGAGGAAACUAUCAGACAGAAUCUAUGAUUAUGAUGUCUACAACGACAUUGGGAACCCAGACAUAUCUUCUGAACUAUCCCGUCCCACAUUUGGCGGUCGUAAGUUUCCUUACCCUAGACGCUGUCGAACCGGCCGGCCUUCUACAGACACGGAUCUGAUGUCCGAGAGACGGGUGGAGAAACCGUUACCGAUGUAUGUGCCAAGGGAUGAGCAGUUCGAAGAGUCUAAGCAGAACACCUUUGCUGCGUGUAGACUCAAGGCUGUUUUACACAACCUUAUACCUUCUUUAAAAGCUAGCAUCUUGGCUGAGGACUUCGCUAACUUCGGUGAGAUCGAUAGUCUAUACAAAGAAGGCUUACUUCUCAAGUUAGGGUUUGAAGAUGAUAUGUUCAAGAAGUUCCCUUUGCCUAAGAUCGUCACUACCCUCCAAAAAUCUAGCGAAGGAUUGCUUAGAUACGACACUCCUAAAAUAGUUUCAAAGGAUAAAUACGCGUGGCUUAGAGAUGACGAGUUCGCACGCCAAGCCUUAGCUGGGAUCAACCCGGUCAACAUAGAACGAGUCACGACUUACCCACCGGUCAGCAACCUUGACCACGAAAUCUAUGGACCUGGUCUUCACUCCGCUCUCACCGAAGACCACAUCAUCGGUCACCUUGACGGCUUAUCCGUACAACAAGCGGUGGAGACGAACCGUUUGUUUAUGGUGGACUACCAUGACAUAUACUUACCAUUUCUAGACCAAAUCAACGCGCUUGAUGGACGUAAGGCUUACGCGACUAGAACCAUAAUGUUCUUGACCCGUCUCGGUACACUCAAGCCUAUAGCCAUUGAGCUUAGCCUUCCUCCACAAUCAGGCUCAACCCGAAAGUCCAAGCGCGUGGUCACACCUCCUGUAGACGCAACCUCCAACUGGAUGUGGCAGCUAGCCAAGGCCCACGUUGGGUCCAACGACGCUGGUGUCCACCAGCUUGUGAACCAUUGGUUACGUACACAUGCGUGUCUGGAGCCGUUUAUAUUAGCUGCUCAUAGACAGUUGAGCGCAAUGCAUCCGAUAUUCAAGUUAUUAGACCCUCACAUGAGGUACACUUUAGAAAUCAAUGCCGUCGCACGACAAACUUUGAUCAGUGCGGACGGUGUGAUUGAACAAUGCUUCACAGCUGGUCAAUACGGUCUAGAGAUUAGCUCCGCUGCUUAUAAGAACAAAUGGCGGUUCGAUAUGGAAGGUCUCCCUGCUGAUCUCAUCCGAAGGGGAAUGGCUGUUCCUGAUCCAACAGAACCACAUGGUUUGAAAUUACUUGUCGAAGACUACCCAUACGCCAACGAUGGUCUCUUAUUAUGGUCAGCAAUCCAAACUUGGGUCCGAACCUACGUGGAACGUUAUUACCCAAACUCGAACUUAAUCCAAAACGAUUCAGAGCUCCAAGCCUGGUACUCAGAAUCUAUCAACGUAGGCCACGCCGACCACCGCGACGCCGAGUGGUGGCCGAAGCUUUCCACCGUCGAAGACCUCGUCUCCAUCAUCACCACCAUCGUCUGGCUCGCAUCCGCACAACACGCCGCACUCAACUUCGGACAAUACCCUUACGGUGGUUACGUCCCGAACCGGCCACCGUUGAUGCGGCGGUUGAUUCCCGACGAGUCAGACCCCGAGUUCGCGAGUUUUAUGGAAGAUCCUCAAAAGUAUUUUUUCUCGUCGAUGCCGAGUUUGUUACAGACGACGAAGUUUAUGGCGGUGGUUGAUACAUUGUCUACGCAUUCGCCAGAUGAGGAGUAUAUCGGAGAGAGACAACAGCCGUCGAUAUGGACCGGAGAUGCUGAGAUCGUAGAUGCGUUUUAUGGAUUCUCGGCGGAGAUAGGACGAAUAGAGAAGGAGAUAGAUAAGAGAAAUAGUGAUCCUAGCCGUAGGAACCGGUGUGGAGCCGGAGUUUUGCCGUAUGAGUUGAUGGCUCCUAGUUCUGAACCUGGUGUUACGUGUAGAGGUGUCCCUAAUAGUGUUUCGAUAUAGAAAUACUAAAUUUUUAAGUCUAGCUUAUUAAGUAAAUAAAUAGAUUUUCGAAGCGAAUAAUCUGUAGGGUUUAUUUGUUAAUUAAUAGUUGUAAAUAUAUUUUCAAGAAUUUAAGAGAACUUUAUUAUAUUGAAAAA